UGUAAUACAUACAAAGCACCCGAGACGGCGAUACCGGUGUUUUCGCGCUGACCAUGGCAAGUAUAAGCCACUCGCACGGCAAGUAUGAGCCACUCGCGGCAACAGAUGUUUCAACCCAAGGCAAAGAUUCAGCAGGUACACCUGCGAGCUCGCUUUUCCAGGCAUGGAAACUCGGUGGCAUUUGCCUUCUGUGGCUCAUGGCGUCAAGCACCAUUAUCUUAGUCAACAGAAUCAUCAUGGUGGACCUGGACUUUAGUUACCCAAUGGCCGUGGCUGCCAUGGGCAUGGGUUUUGCCAGCUGUGCUACGUGGCUGUGGUGCGACAUGCUGAAGAAGGUGCCACCACCGGAGGGCGUCACGGCACGGUUCUUCCUGACCCGCAUCAUGCCUGUGGGUGCGUGCGGAGGCCUUACCCUGUUCCUCGGGAGCUCUAUGUACUUCCACCUGACGGUUGCAUUCAUCGAGAUGUCGCGAGCGUCCAUGCCGAUUAUGACUAUGACUGCUCUGACACUGGCAGGAAUGGAGAUUCCCACACGGCAAGUGGUAGCAGCCGUGACUGUUGUGGGCAUCGGGUCUGCUAUCGCGGCAUACGGCGAGAUCAAUUUGUCGCUGGUGGGCGGGCUGCUGGCGCUUGGUAAUCUCACCAUGGAGUCCGCGCGCAUGGUUAUGACUCAGUUUCUGUUGGUGGGCUGCAACAUGCACCCCCUGCAGAGCCUCAAGCUCACUGCGCCCGCCACUACAAUCACACUUCUGGCGGGUUCUAUGUUGAGUGAGCUGCCAGACAUGCGGUCAAGUGGCGCUUUUGGUAUUGUGCGCAGGUACCCACUUCAGUUCCUGCUUGCCGCCUCCAUGGGCCUCGUGGUGAACAUCCUGUCAGUGGUGAUCAUCAAGAUGGCGUCAGCAACAACGCUGAAGGUCCUUGCAGCAGUGCGCGGCCCACUUGUGGUGUUGUUUGGAGUCAUGCUGUUUUCGGAGCACGUCACCCUCCUCGAAUCCUUCGGCUAUUCCAUAGCGCUUGUGGGCUUUGUGUGGUACCAGUUCGCCCUUAAUGCCCGAUUCAAGGCGCCACCGGCAUCGCCACAAGUCACGGUAACAAAAGAACAGCUGUCGCCGCCCCGACAUGAAGGGCACGAUGGGCGACAAAGCCGACAAUCAAAGGCGCAUCCGGACAUGUCCAAACCGCUCAUCCCGGCAACAGACGUGGACAACGGAUCCACCCGCGGCGGGGGCGAAGGUCACCGGGGGAUAGCCGUGGACAGUGCUGCCGCCGGAAAAUCUUAGACACGUGAGCCUGCGCGGGAGCGGCUUCAAGAGCGGCUGGCCGUAUUGCUUAGUUGCCUGCAUUCGGCGAUACACGCAUCACAAGGGUCUGCUGCGUCAGGGUUGGCGCCCGGGGCUGUGGCUUUGUCCUUUUGUCGGGC